CUGACGGGCCAGGUCCUGCACGCCAAGCCCUGGGUGGGGGAUCAGCGUGGCAAUGGGUGCCUAUGCCCAGGAGGUCUGUGUCUGGGGUCAGCGCCCGUGUCUGAGAGCCCUUCAGCCCAGGAGGUAGGAGAAGACGGAGCCUGACGAUGACAUCAGCAGCAGCCUGGAGACAGCAGCGCUGGCGAGCGUGCUCGGUGUGCCAGGCCCCGCACAGCCCUUUGUGUGCAUGAUCUCACCUCUUCCUCCCAGCAGCCCACCGGGGUUGCCCUGCUGUUGCCCCCAUCUGUAGAGAAGUCAGGCGGGGAUAAGUUGACUGCCUGGCCUGGGCCGGCUCAGAGGGGCUGGGACUGGCACCCAGGCAGUCAAAUCCUAGCUGCAGACGGGCAGUAAGUGGGGAUGGCUCUGUGGUCAGGCAGGGGCUGGAUGUUGAGGUGGGGUUGAGCUUACCUUCCCAGUUACCGUGUUUUUUUUGUCAGUCCAGCUGUCGCUGUCCCCACCCAGGACCUGGACUUCUCUCUUCUUUGUGUUUCUUCUGCUGGACCCCCCUCACACUUCCUGAAGCCUCUUUAGCGUCUUCUUCAUCUCCAGCCCCUCCUAGUAACCUCUUAUGCAGCACACGCUCUUCCCUGUUAUCGUCUAUCCAAAUGUGUGUCUUAUGGCACCGUCCUAUCCAAGUGUGUGUCUAACGGCACCGUCCAUCGUGAGCAUCUGUCUUUUUCUUUAGAGAGGGAGUUCUCGCUUGCUAGGACCACACAGUCCUCAUCCCCCGGGUGCAGGCUGGCUGUCAGUGUUGCCUUGACCCACAGAGGGAGCUGUCUGCGCUGAGGCACCUGUGAGGGGCAUAGAGGAGGCCGUACCACCUGGGGCAGAGGGUGCCUGAGGGAAGCAAGGCUGGCUGAGGGCUGCCCUGGCGUGAGGGGCCUUGGGCUGGGGGUCGGAACAGGGGCUGCAGGAACAGCUGAUGAUCCUAAGGGCAGUGUGGAGAGGGUUUCGGUUGGCAGAGACUGCAGGCAAAGGCCAGGUGGGAGGCUUGGUGGCCGUGGGGUGAGGAGUUGAAGGUGGGCACAGAGAAGAGGCAGAGUGGGCUCCACGACAAGCUGGCUGUGACAUGUGUGUGCUCACUGCUGGAGCCACAUGUAGUGCAGGCACCUGUGUGUGUGUGUCCUUUGCGCAGGACAGGGUAGAAGGCUGGAGCCCGAAGUGCCCCCCUCGCCCUUCCCCUAAGUGGCAGGGAGGAGUGAUAAGUGGUCCACUGUAGUAGGGUUGGGGGACCGUGGAGCCCUGUGCCGACUACCUUCUGGGGUUGAGCUGGUCAGCUGCUUGCUGGCCUCGCAGCGCCUUUUUAAGGACUUGUUUAUCUUUGAGGGGAACAAGCCUAUAGACUGGGACUCUGGUCAUGGACUGAGGAUAGAACCAGGUACCAGGGCAGGUCGGGGGCGGAAGAGGCAGAGGAGCAUGGCGUGGGGAUCACUUAUCUCUGCUUUGCCCCUUGAGAGCCUUGUGACUUGGAGCCAGUCGUUUGGCUCUCUGUGCCUCAGUUUCUUCAUCUGGGGAUGGAGUGAGUCAUGCUAACCUCCCAGGCUGCUGUGAGGAUGCAGUGAGUGCACACGUGUGAAGCGGUGGCACACAGGAGUGCCCUGGAAAUGAUGAGUAUGUUUAGUGACUGAGCAGCAGGUGUGUGGAUUCUCUAGGCACAGAUACAACAGGCACUUCUGAGUGGGUAGAGGACUCCCUCUGUUCUGUCAGGCUGAGUAAGACUUCAGGGCCGGAUGCAGGGUCUCUUGGGUUGGGGAUUAGGAGGGCAGAUAGCUUGUCUUGCCUGGAUCUGGACAUCCUGUCUGGAGCUGCUGGGUGCAGGACCAGGGUGCUGAGGGUGCACGAGUCCUGCCUGAGGCAGCAUCCCAGUUGCUAGUGGUUACCAGCUGGAAACCUCUCAGGAAAGGUGGGGAGGGGCCCUGAGAAGGUAAAUGCCUGUGCUGGCCGUGACUCUUUCACCUCGGAGAGUGAUGGUGGCCGGCGCCGGCCCAUCUGCAGGCCCCUCACCUGGUGUGUCAGGGAUCACCUUCUGUGCCCUGGGGCCAGCAUCAGGACUAGACAGACCUCUGCCCGGCUCUUCGCCCAGAAGGGCCCUGAUCACAGCAUGGCCAGUGCUGAGGUGUCUUUGGGAGCAGGAGACACAUUUGAUCUGGCCCUGACCUGGCCAGCGGCCUUCCAGCUCCAGCAGCCAAGUGUGCAUCUGCCUGGGAGGAGGGGCUGGACCCCUUGCAUCUGAGAAAAAGACCUUUUACCCCAUGGCCUCGCCUCAUCCUGACUGUGAUGAGCUGGCUGCAUUCUUGAGCCCCAUCUACUGUCCCCACCCACGUUCCUUCCCGCCCUCUGGAGCGGGCCGAGGCUGUUUGAGACGGCCUCAGCUGCCUCCCAGCCUCCACCCUGGGAGCCGGAAGGGGUCCAAGGCCUUGGGUCAGAGCUGCUCUGGUCUGAUGGGCAGGGGAGGUUGGGGGGAUGGCUGAGGACGCUGCAGGGGCCCUGCACAUGGCCUGCCGCUGCGGCUGAGGGAGGCGUGUGCAUGUUGGGGUUCGGUAGGUGGUGUCGCAGGAAGGUGCUGUCCUUCCUUCUUUUCUUCUCUUUUCCUAUAGCUGGGUUCCCCCCAGAGCAGCAGAGCUGGCCAGGGCUGGUCUUCGUGCACGGUGGGAGUGGGGAAGGCCAGGGCCAGAUUCUGCAGCGCUUCCCAGAGAAGGACUGGGAAGACAACCCAUUCCCCCAGGGCAUCGAGCUGUUUUGCCAGCCUAGCGGGUGGCAGCUGUGUCCCGAGAGGAAUCCACCGACCUUCUUUGUUGCUGUCCUCACUGACAUCAACUCCGAGCGCCACUACUGCGCCUGCUUGACCUUCUGGGAGCCAGUGGAGCCUUCACAGCAGGAAACGACGCGUGAGGAGGAUGCCACAGAGAGGGAAGAAGAGGAGGAUGAGGGAGGCCAGACCCACCUGUCUCCCACAGCGCCUGCCCCAUCUGCCCAGCUGUUUGCACCGAAGACGCUGGUACUGGUGUCUCGACUUGACCACACGGAGGUGUUCAGGAACAGCCUCGGCCUCAUCUAUGCCAUCCACGUGGAGGGCCUGAAUGUGUGCCUGGAAAACGUGAUUGGGAACCUGCUGACGUGCACUGUGCCCCUGGCUGGGGGCUCACAGCUGGACUCUGUUGAGGAAGGAGCGAGGACGAUCUCUUUGGGGGCUGGUGACCGGCAGGUCAUCCAAACUCCACUGGCUGACUCGCUGCCCGUCAGCCGCUGCAGCGUGGCCCUGCUUUUCCGCCAGCUGGGCAUCACCAACGUGCUGUCUUUGUUCUGUGCCGCCCUGACGGAGCACAAGGUUCUCUUCCUGUCCCGGAGCUACCAGCGGCUCGCCGAUGCCUGUAGGGGCCUCCUGGCACUGCUGUUUCCUCUCAGAUACAGCUUCACCUAUGUGCCCAUCCUGCCGGCUCAGCUGCUGGAGGUCCUCAGCACACCCACGCCCUUCAUCAUCGGGGUCAACGCGGCCUUCCAGGCAGAGACCCAGGAACUGCUCGACGUGAUCGUUGCUGAUCUGGAUGGAGGAACGGUGGCCAUCCCCGAGUGUGUGCACAUUCCACCCUUGCCAGAGCCGCUGCAGAGUCAGACACACAGUGUGCUGAGCAUGGUCCUGGACCCGGAACUGGAGUUGGCUGACCUCGCCUUCCCUCCACCCACGACGUCCACCUCCUCCCUGAAGAUGCAGGACAAGGAGCUGCGAGCUGUCUUUCUGCGGCUCUUCGCUCAGCUGCUGCAGGGCUAUCGCUGGUGCCUGCACGUCGUGCGCAUCCACCCGGAGCCUGUCAUCCGCUUCCAUAAGGCAGCCUUCCUGGGCCAGCGUGGGCUGGUGGAGGAUGACUUCCUGAUGAAGGUGCUGGAGGGCAUGGCCUUUGCUGGCUUCGUGUCAGAGCGUGGGGUCCCGUACCGCCCCACAGACCUGUUCGAUGAGCUGGUGGCCCACGAGGUGGCACGGAUGCGGGCAGAUGAGAACCACCCCCAGCGUGUCCUGCGUCACGUCCAGGAACUGGCAGAGCAGCUCUACAAGAACGAGAACCCGUACCCAGCCGUGGCGAUGCACAAGGUACAGAGGCCCGGCGAGAGCAGCCACCUGCGACGGGUGCCCCGGCCCUUCCCCCGGCUGGAUGAGGGCACCGUGCAGUGGAUCGUGGACCAGGCUGCGGCCAAGAUGCAGGGUGCACCCCCAGCUGUGAAGGCCGAGAGGAGGACCACUGUGCCCUCAGGGCCCCCCAUGACUGCCAUACUGGAGCGGUGCAGCGGGCUGCACGUCAACAGCGCCCGGCGUCUGGAGGUCGUGCGCAACUGCAUCUCCUAUGUGUUUGAGGGGAAAAUGCUUGAGGCCAAGAAGCUGCUCCCAGCUGUGUUGAGGGCCCUGAAGGGGCGAGCUGCCCGCCGCUGCCUUGCCCAGGAGCUGCACCUGCAUGUGCAGCAGAACCGUGCGGUCCUGGACCACCAGCAGUUUGACUUUGUCGUCCGUAUGAUGAACUGCUGCCUUCAGGACUGCACUUCUCUGGAUGAGCAUGGCAUCGCAGCUGCUCUGCUGCCUCUGGUCACAGCCUUCUGCCGGAAGCUGAGCCCGGGGGUGACGCAGUUCGCGUACAGCUGUGUGCAGGAGCACGUGGUGUGGAGCACGCCGCAGUUCUGGGAGGCCAUGUUCUAUGGGGAUGUGCAGACUCACAUCCGGGCCCUCUACCUGGAGCCCACCGAGGACCUGGCCCCCGCCCAGGAGGUUGGGGAGGCACCUUCCCAGGAGGACGAGCGCUCUGCCCUGGAUGUGGCUUCUGAGCAGCGGCGCCUGUGGCCAACCCUGAGCCAUGAGAAGCAGCAGGAGCUGGUGCAGAAGGAGGAGAGCACGGUGUUCAGCCAGGCCAUCCACUACGCCAACCGCAUGAGCUACCUCCUCCUGCCCCUGGACAGCAGCAAGAGCCGCCUACUUCGGGAGCGCGCUGGGCUGGGCGACCUGGAGAGCGCCAGCAACAGCUUGGUCACCAACAGCAUGGCUGGCAGCGUGGCUGAGAGCUAUGACACGGAGAGUGGCUUUGAGGAUGCAGAGACCUGCGAUGUGGCUGGGGCUGUGGUCCGCUUCAUCAACCGCUUUGUGGACAAGGUCUGCACGGAGAGUGGGGUCACCAGCGACCACCUCAAGGGGCUGCAUGUCAUGGUGCCAGACAUCGUCCAGAUGCACAUCGAGACCCUGGAGGCCGUGCAGCGGGAGAGCCGGAGGCUGCCGCCCAUCCAGAAGCCCAAGCUGCUGCGGCCGCGCCUGCUGCCUGGUGAGGAGUGUGUGCUGGACGGCCUGCGCGUCUACCUGCUGCCGGAUGGGCGUGAGGAGGGUGCGGGGGGCAGUGCCGGGGGACCAGCAUUGCUCCCAGCUGAGGGCGCCGUCUUCCUCACCACGUACCGGGUCAUCUUCACAGGGAUGCCCACAGACCCCCUGGUUGGGGAGCAGGUGGUGGUCCGUUCCUUCCCGGUGGCUGCGCUGACCAAGGAGAAGCGCAUCAGCGUCCAGACCCCUGUGGACCAGCUCCUGCAGGACGGGCUGCAGCUGCGCUCCUGCACAUUCCAGCUGCUGAAAAUGGCCUUUGAUGAGGAGGUGGGGUCUGACAGUGCCGAGCUUUUCCGCAAGCAGCUGCAUAAGCUGCGGUACCCGCCGGACGUCAGGGCCACCUUCGCGUUCACCCUGGGCUCUGCCCACACACCCGGCCGGCCCCCGCGAGUCACCAAGGACAAGGGUCCUUCCCUCAGAACCCUGUCCCGGAACCUGGUCAAGAACGCCAAGAAGACCAUCGGGCGGCAGCAUGUCACUCGUAAGAAGUACAACCCCCCCAGCUGGGAGCACCGGGGCCAGCCGCCCCCCGAGGACCAGGAGGACGAGAUCUCAGUGUCGGAGGAGCUGGAGCCCAGCACGCUGACCCCGUCCUCAGCCCUGAAGCCCUCCGACCGCAUGACCAUGAGCAGCCUGGUGGAAAGGGCUUGCUGCCGCGACUACCAGCGCCUCGGCCUGGGCACCCUGAGCAGCAGCCUGAGCCGGGCCAAGUCUGAGCCCUUCCGCAUCUCUCCGGUCAACCGCAUGUACGCCAUCUGCCGCAGCUACCCAGGGCUGCUGAUCGUACCCCAGAGUGUCCAGGACAACGCCCUGCAGCGCGUGUCCCGCUGCUACCGCCAGAACCGCUUCCCCGUGGUCUGCUGGCGCAGCGGGCGGUCUAAGGCCGUACUGCUGCGCUCUGGCGGCCUGCAUGGCAAAGGUGUCGUCGGCCUCUUCAAGGCCCAGAACGCACCUUCUCCAGGCCAGUCCCAGGCGGACUCGAGUAGCCUGGAGCAGGAGAAGUACCUGCAGGCCGUGGUCAGCUCCAUGCCCCGCUACGCCGACGCGUCGGGACGCAACACGCUUAGCGGCUUCUCCUCAGCCCACAUGGGCAGUCACGUUCCCAGCCCCAGAGCCAGGGUCACCACGCUGUCCAACCCCAUGGCGGCCUCGGCCUCCAGACGGACCGCACCCCGAGGUAAGUGGGGCAGUGUCCGGACCAGUGGGCGCAGCAGUGGCCUUGGCACUGAUGUGGGCUCCCGGCUGGCUGGCAGAGACACGCUGGCCCCACCCCAGGCCAACGGGGGCCCUCCCGACCCGGGCUUCCUGCGACCGCAGCGAGCAGCCCUCUACAUCCUCGGGGACAAAGCCCAGCUUAAGGGUGUGCGGCCAGACCCCCUGCAGCAGUGGGAGCUGGUGCCCAUUGAGGUAUUUGAGGCACGGCAGGUGAAGGCCAGCUUCAAGAAGCUGCUGAAGGCGUGUGUCCCAGGCUGCCCUGCUGCUGAGCCCAGCCCAGCCUCCUUCCUGCGCUCACUGGAGGACUCGGAGUGGCUGAUCCAGAUCCACAAGCUGCUGCAGGUGUCUGUGCUGGUGGUGGAGCUCCUGGAUUCAGGCUCCUCUGUGCUGGUGGGCCUGGAGGACGGCUGGGACAUCACCACCCAGGUGGUAUCUUUGGUGCAGCUGCUCUCAGACCCCUUCUACCGCACGCUGGAGGGCUUCCGCCUGCUGCUGGAGAAGGAGUGGCUGUCCUUCGGUCACCGCUUCAGCCACCGUGGGGCCCACACCCUGGCUGGGCAGAGCAGCGGCUUCACACCCGUCUUCCUGCAGUUCCUGGACUGCGUACAUCAGGUCCACCUGCAGUUCCCCAUGGAGUUUGAGUUCAGCCAGUUCUACCUCAAGUUCCUCGGCUACCACCACGUGUCCCGCCGUUUCCGGACCUUCCUGCUCGACUCUGACUAUGAGCGCAUUGAGCUGGGGCUGCUGUACGAGGAGAAAGGGGAACGCAGGGGCCAGCUGCCGUGCAGGUCUGUGUGGGAGUACGUGGACCGACUGAGCAAGAGGACGCCUGUGUUCUACAAUUACAUGUAUGCACCCGAGGACACGGAGGUCCUGCGGCCCUACAGCAACGUGUCCAACCUGAAGGUGUGGGACUUCUACACUGAGGAGACGCUGGCCGAGGGCCCUCCCUAUGAUUGGGAACUGGCCCAGGGGCCCCCCGAGCCCCCAGAGGAAGAACGGUCUGACGGAGGCGCUCCCCAGAGCCGGCGCCGUGUGGUGUGGCCCUGCUACGACAGCUGCCCGCGGGCCCAGCCUGACGCCAUCUCACGCCUGCUGGAGGAGCUGCAGAGGCUGGAGACAGAGUUGGGCCGUCCUGCUGAGCGCUGGAAGGACACCUGGGACCGGGUGAAGGCUGCACAGCGCCUCGAAGGCCGGCCAGACGGACGUGGCACCCCUAGCUCCCUCCUGGUGUCCACCGCACCCCACCACCGCCGCUCGCUGGGUGUGUACCUGCAGGAGGGGCCCGUGGGCUCCACCCUGAGCCUCAGCCUGGACAGCGACCAGAGUAGUGGCUCAACCGCAUCCGGCUCCCGCCAGGCCGCCCGCCGCAGCACCAGCACCCUGUACAGCCAGUUCCAGACAGCUGAGAGUGAGAACAGGUCCUACGAGGGCACUCUGUACAAGAAGGGGGCCUUCAUGAAGCCUUGGAAGGCCCGCUGGUUCGUGUUGGACAAGACCAAGCACCAGCUGCGUUACUAUGACCACCGUGUGGACACAGAGUGCAAGGGUGUCAUCGACCUGGCGGAAGUGGAGGCUGUGGCACCUGGCACGCCCACCAUGGGUGCCCCUAAGACUGUGGACGAGAAGGCCUUCUUUGACGUGAAGACAACGCGUCGCGUUUACAACUUCUGUGCCCAGGACGUGCCCUCGGCCCAGCAGUGGGUGGACCGGAUCCAGAGCUGCCUGUCGGAUGCCUGAGCCUCCCGGCCCUGCCCGGCUGCUCUGCUUCCAGUCGUUACCGACCACUAGGGGUGGGCAGGGCCGCCCCGGCCAUGUUUACAGCCCCGGCCCUCGACAGUAUUGAGGCCCCGAGCCCCCAGCACUUGUGUGUACAGCCCCCCUCCCUGCCCCGCCCCGCCCGGCCGGCCCUAACUUAUUUUGGCAUCACAGCUGAGCACCGUGCCGGGAGGUGGCCAAGGUACAGCCCGCAAUGGGCCUGUAAAUAGUCCAGCCAGCGGCUGCAGGCGAGUUUCUAGAACCAGAGUCUAUAUAAAGAGAGAACUAACGCCA